AUGGCUCUCGUAGAUACUUUCCAGAAGUUGUUUGACAACCCAGCUAUUCCAUGGAAAACGAUCGUCACUGCUUUCACGCUAGGACAGUUUGGUUUUGAAACAUACCUGACUUACCGUCAGUACCGUACUUUAAGCAGGAAGGCACUUCCAAAGGUGUUGGAGAAUGAAAUCGAUGCCGAAACAGUGCAAAAAGCGGAGGAUUACACUCGGUCUAAAAUGAAGUUCAAUAUAUUUUCGAACGUGUACAGCCUGGCCCAGAAUUUGCUCGUGAUCAAACUAGACUUGUUUCCUCGCUUGUGGCACAUUGGUGCGGCAUUGGCUCAAAAGGUGCCCAUCAAAUUCUUGGCGACAUCGACCAUCGGACAGAGCUUGUAUUUCUUCACCGUCUUGUCGAACAUCUCGACCCUAUUGGAACUGCCUUUGUCUUACUACCAGCAUUUUGUGCUGGAAGAGAAACACGGCUUUAACAAAUUGACCGUUGCCCUGUGGAUUACUGACAAAAUCAAGAGCUCUGUUUUGAGUACUGUGAUCGGCACGCCCCUGAUGUUUGCAUUCCUGAAGAUUUUCGAUGCUUUCCCAAAGAAUUUCUUAAUGUACAUCUGCGGGUUCAUUUUGGUGGUCCAGAUUUUGGCUAUGACACUGAUCCCAGUCUUUAUCAUGCCUCUGUUCAACAAGUUCACACCUUUGGAGGACGGAGAACUGAAGCAGUCGAUUGAAGCCCUGGCCAGCCGCGUGAGUUUUCCUCUUGAUAAGAUCUUCGUCGUGGACGGCUCCAAGCGGUCCUCGCACUCGAACGCUUACUUCACUGGCCUCCCAUUCACUAGCAAACGUAUUGUGCUCUACGACACUUUGGUGAAAGACUCGUCUGUCGACGAAAUCACUGCCGUCCUGGCGCACGAGAUUGGACACUGGAAGGAAAACCACAUUUUGCGCAUGCUGGCCUUUAGCGAGGUCCACAUUGCCUUCAUCUUUUCAUUGUUCACCGCGGCGUUCCAGAACAAGUCUUUGUACUCCGCGUUUGGCUUCUUCGUGGGACAGGGCCUUUCUGGUGACGCCAGCAUCGUCAUCACCCCGCAAUUGCCAGUCUUGAUUGGGUUCAUACUGUUCAACGACCUGCUACAACCAUUGGAGUGCGGCAUGAAUUUCGGCAUCAAUUUGAUCACCAGACUGCAUGAAUACCAAGCGGACGCCUACGCCAAGGGCUUGGGUUAUGGAAAGGACUUGUGUCGCGCCCUGAUCAACCUACAAGUCAAGAACUUGUCCACCAUGAACGUCGACCCUCUGUACUCGAGCUACCAUUACUCCCACCCUACUUUGCCGGAGAGAUUGAUUGCGCUCGACCAUGUCAGCGAGCAGAAGAGCAAGUAA